AUGUCCAAUCAUCGCAUAUUCGUUGUCGGUGCCACAGGCGCCCAGGGCCUUCCUGUAUGCCGUGGUCUCGUUAAGGAUGGAGCCUACAGCCUGCGGGUCCUCACUCGCGACGCCAACUCCAGCCGUGCAAAGCAAUUAGCUGAACUCGGUGACGUGGAGUUCCUGGAAGGAACGUUCGCCAGCGAUGAAGAUUUGCGGAACGGCCUCAAGGGAUGCUGGGGCGCUUUCAUCAACAUCGAUGGGUUCAACUGUGGCGAGAAAACGGAAACCUACUGGACAAUUCGUGCAUACGAGUUGGCAGUUGAAACAGGCAUCAAGUUCUUUGUUUUUGGCAACCUCGACUAUGUUUAUAAGAAGAGCGGCUAUGAUCCACGAUUUCGUUGCGGUCACUACGAUGGCAAGGGUCGAAUGGCUGAGUGGAUUCUGAGCCAGAGGAAGGGCAAUGACAUGGGCGUCGCCAUCUUCACCACGGGCCCCUACAUGGAAAUGGCGAUCGCAUCCCAAACGCUCAUGACGCCUCGUUAUCAAGACGGAACCGUCCUUUGGGUGGCUCCGCUUGGUGACGGGGCGGUGGCGCACGUCUCCCUAGACGACUGUGAGCACUAUGUCCGCUGGCUUUUCGACCACCCGGAAAGAUCUGAUGGAAUGGACUUGGAGGUGGCCAUUGACCAUAUAGGAUAUGCCGAUCUUGCGGCAGCCUUCCAGAAAGUAACGGGCAAGCCCGCCCGGUAUAUCAACGUAUCGGUGUCGGAAUAUUUCGACCGUGUGCCCAUCUCCCAUCAGCCGGCUGCUUACAACGCAGAUCCCAGCGACCCUGCCACAAUGACUUUCGAAGAGAACUUUACUGGGUUCUGGACAAUGUGGGCUCAUUCUGGCGGAAACAAGGGGGUUAUUACUAGGAACUACCAACUGCUGGAUGAGAUCCAUCCGAAAAGGAUUCGGACAGCUGAGGAAUUCUUUCGCCGAGAGGAAGAAAGGCGUCGUUCCCUAGGAAUUGAAACCCUUUUCGAGGCAAUCCAGAAGAAUGGAUUAAAAUCAAUUCUUAAGCUGGGAGAGGAUAACAGAAAGGGCAGAUUCGGACGAUAUCGUGUCCGGGCCUUGACGCGAAAUCUGGAGUCUCCUCGCGCAAAGCUAAUUUCCGAUCUUCCAAAUGUGACACUCGUCCGUGGGUCCCAAGACAACCAAGAGGACUUGCACAAUCUCUUCCGGGGUGCACAUGGGGCUUGGGUCAAUCUCGACGGCUUCACUCUGGGAGAAAAGGAUGAGCUUUUCUACGGCUUUAGGGCCUACGAGAUCGCCAGGUCGGAACGUGUACAGCACUACGUCUGGGCGAAUAUCGAGUACGCUCUUGGAAACGCAGGAUUUGAUGAGAGAUACCAUUGUGGCCACAUGGAGUCUAAAGGGAGAGUUGGCAAGUUUAUCCUCUCCCUAGGCCAGGAUGGCAUGAAGAGCACCCUCUUUAGCACUGGUCCGUACAUGGACAUGCUCAUGGACGGUAUGUUCGUGCCUAGGGAGCAACCUGAUGGCACCUUUGCCUGGCUCAAUCCAGCCCCGAGUGACGUAAAGCUUCCGCUGAUCGCUCUCCUCGAUGUCGGCGUUUACAAUCUUUGGAUUUUUGACAAUCCCAGCGAGUCGGCGGGGAUGGACCUCUCCGUUGUUACGGACAAUGUCAGCUUCGCAGAGAUCGCUGAGACCUUUACCGAGGUUACAGGCAAGAAGGCAGCCCAUGUCACGGUCCCGUUUGAGAAGUAUGCGAGCGUGGCGGAGCCUUACCCAGAUGCUUAUGUCAAUUGGGUUCUUGGACCUACCGCCGCCCGCGAUGAUUCUGUGAUGACCUGGCGCGACAACUUCGGGGCUUGGUGGCAGUAUUGGGGAGACGGGAUCACCAAGCCGCGGGAUGUGGCAAUCCUGGACCGCAUCCACCCCACCCGCAUCAAGAGCUUGAAAGAUUGGAUGCAGAAGAUUGGGUAUAGUGGUCAUCGCCGUAGUGUUUUGAAGAUGGUGGAUGACUGGGCUGAAAAGACUGGAACAAAUUGA